GGGUUGACGGGAGUCGGGAGGGGCAUGUCGGGAGUGUUGCAGCUAUGGCUGCUCUGACUCGCCUCCUGGAGUGGGUCUUCGCUGUGUACUUUCUCUCUCAUAUUCCUAUCACGUUAAUGAUAGAUCUGCAAGCUCUUCUGCCUGGAGCUGGUAUCUAUCCGGAGAGCCUGACGGAGUUGUUACAGUGGUAUGCAGUCACCUUCAGAGAUCCAAUGAUGAUGCAGCCCCCUGAGUGGUUUAAGUCGUUUAUAUUUUGCGAAGCCUUCUUACAAAUGCCUUUCUUUCCCAUUGCAGCAUAUGCCUUCUUAAAAGGUGGCUGCAAAUGGAUAAGGACUCCUGCAAUUAUCUACUCCAGCCAUGUAGCUACAACUUUGUUUGCUAUCCUUGCUCAUAUCCUGUUUCAUGAUUUCUCAGAAUCUGAGCAUUUGGGUCCUCAGACACAACACGAACGCCUAAUUCUCUUAUCUGUAUAUGCACCAUAUUUGCUGAUUCCAAUUCUGAUUCUCUUUACCAUGCUGUACAGCCGCCAAUACAACCACGUGGAGAAAAGGAAAAAGAAGUAAGUCAGCUAUAAAAAAUUUUAAGUGCAGCACUCAUUACUUCUUUAUUAGAGCCUAUGCUGACCUAGUCCUCUGGGACAAAUAUCAGUCUAAUACUGUCAACUCCCACAGCUCUUACCAGAGCAUCAGACUCCUGUAAGAAAAGUUUGAAUUGGCUCGAGCUUACAGCUCUACUCUAAUCAGAAACAGCUUUGGUGGCAGCCUCUAUUAGCAAUUCCAUGUGGUAUCUGUGUGUACACAGCUCCAGGGGCCUAGCUCCUCUUGCACUGUCAACCUUGUGUGGCACAUCUAUAUUAGGAAAAUAAACCUUUACCACAGUGGUACGUAACUGUAUGAUGGAGGGCGGAAUUGCAUCUGAUACUUGUUCUUCAUUCAGCUAGUCUUUUUCCAAGAUGACUGCUAUAAAGUCCCUUAAGUAAGAAAACUAUCUUCUAAGAAGACAUUGUGCAAACUCUGUAAGCGAUUAUACACAACUUUGCAAAGCUAUGCUUUUGAAGUAUUUCCAUAUAACAAUCCUUAACUUUUCCACCCCUUCCAAAAAGCCAAAUCUCACCUUGCUUUCCUCAACUCAAAUUUUGAUUAACUGUAAAUGUCUGGUCAGUGAAAUAUAUGCCAAAAAGUCUAGAUCUCUGAAUGCUUAAAGUUAACUUAGUUUGACAAUGAGGCACACUUCUCCCCAGAGGAUUUUGAAGAACUUCAACAAUUGUAAACAAGCAUUUGUAAGCUACUUGCUUCCAAUGAAAUCACUUUUAGUAUGAAAAUAAAUAACUAAAUGUAUCUGAA